AUGAAUCAAACCUGGCAAAAACCUAACCUAGUUGAUUGGAGAUCCCAUGGUCUAGGUUCAAUAGGCAAACUGGCUGGGCUGAGGCAUCUCAAUUUCCAAAGUCUGAAAACUCUUCAGCAACAUGUUAUGUUGAUUGGUUUAUCCUCAAUCCGAGAAGGAAAAGAAGCAUAUGAAGGUGCACGAUGGCAUAAAAGGCUAUACUGGAUGAAAGUUGGGUCUUCAAAUUGUGCUGCUGUUUUGCUGCUGACAUUUUUGGUGAGCCUACAAGCAGUUUUUGGGAUCAGAUUUGUGAUUGACAGAGAAGAGUGCUUCUCUCAUAAUGUUCAAUUUGAAGGAGAUACUGUCCACAUCUCUUUUGUUGUAAUUAAGGUGGAUGCAUCUUGGCAUUAUACUCAAGACGGCGUUGACCUCGUGGUGAAGGGGCCUUCUGGUGAGCAGAUUCAUGAUUUUCGUGACAAGACAAGUGAGAAGUUUGAUUUUGUCACUCGUCACAAAGGAGUCCAUCAGUUCUGCUUCACCAACAAGUCGCCUUAUCAUGAAACCAUAGACUUCGAUAUACACGUUAGCCAUUUUACAUACUAUGAUCAACAUGCAAAAGAUGAGCAUUUUAACCCAUUGUUAGAGCAGGUAUCAAAGUUAGAGGAAGCUCUUUACAACAUUCAGUUUGAGCAGCAUUGGCUCGAGGCUCAGACCGCACGCCAGGCAAUAGUAAAUGAAGCAAUGAGCCGGAGGGCAAUCCACAAGGCCUUCUUUGAAUCAGCAGCACUUGUUGGUGCCAGCGCUCUCCAAGUUUACCUUCUUCGCCGCCUCUUUGAACGAAAGCUUGGGGUGACCAGAGUCUGA